AUGCUCAACCAGGAUUUGAACGAGUUUUUGAGUUUGACCGUGGAUUUUAAUUUAGAGAACGAGGAGAAGAAAAAAGGUUGGUUCGAAACGGACAUUUUGAAUAAUUUUUCUGUAUUUUUUUGAAAUAUUUAUUAUUAUGCGUGUUCAAAGUAAUUUCCGCGAAAUGCAAAAGUUAUUUCUGACUCUCCAAAAUUUAGUUAUCUUUUUCUUUCUCUGACCGAUAUUUUGAAUGUCACCAUAAAACUUCAAACACGGCAUUACUUUCAAAACUUUCAAGUCAAAAUUAAUUUAUUAAAAAAAUUUGGACGAUAUUUAAAAAAAUUACCGAUGGAUAAUAUAUACAUAGUUGUUAUAAUUUUUUUUUACGUUUUUUUCGGGAAAAAUGCAUUUUUUCAAAAGAUUUUUCAGGUCCCAUCGAACUUUCGUUGCAAUUAUGGGACAAAAAAAAUUCGAAAACGCCGAUUUCCACGAGAAAAGUCCCCUGGUCCAGUGGGCAACCUUUACCCAACCAGGUAGAACUUUCGUUUCUUCAAUAAAUUUGAAAUACUCGGUUAGAUAAACUACAACGAAGUGGAGGAACAAGUUCAAAUAAUUGGCAGUACGACGAUUGCCAGGAUUCCGAUGUCGUGAGUUUUAGAAUUGGAAGAAAUAUUUUAUAAAUGAUUUUUCCAUUGAAAAUCUUAAGGUCUAUGCUAUGCAUAGGCCGUAAAGGGAAGGAAAUGUGAGAAUUUUCUUUUAUUCAAAUCUUGUGGAAUAAAGUAAGAAAAGAAAGAUGAGAAAGCUUCUUUAGAGAUAUUUUUGAAAGAAUUGUCAAAAAAUCGUUUACGCUGCUUGAAUGUCCUUGCAUUUCCACCUGAAAAUGGUCCAUUUUGCUGCCUUUUUGCGUCCUUUUAUCGACCUGUUUUGACCCUUUUUCCACUUGUUCUUGUCCCUUCAAAACUCUGGGAAAUCGAAAAUCAGCGGUUUGCCUUAAUAUUUCUUUGUUUUUACCAUUAUUUAAUUUUUUUUUUAAUUCCCUUCUUCACUGAGAUGUAAUCAAUGGCAAAUAUGAAAAAAAAGAUACAUUUUGCUGCCCUUUUGGGCCCUUUUAUCAGCCUAUAUUCCCUUUUUUCAACUUUUCUUGAUCUAUCUUGUAGAGCUUUUCAUUGCGAAUCGAUCGAUGUACUUAAAAAAUCACAGAUGUAACUACUUUUGAAGAAAAAAGCAAUUUUAUUUCGAAAUUUGCUUUAAAUCAGUUUACAGAAAACUGUUUACAGUAGCCGUGAAUGAGAAGUUAUCGAGAAAAUUUUUGAGGAAAAUCAAAAUCGAAUCGAUCACGGCGUCGACGGCGGCCAAGCAUCGGUCGACACGCGUGCGGACUUUCGAAACUUUUGCCGUCGAUCCGGUACCGACCACCGAUAAUUCCAGUCUUUUUGCUGCCGUUUCCGCAGUCAUCGAAAAUCCGGUUGAGUAUUUUAUGAAAGCCUAGCAAAAUUAUGUCAAGGAUUAACGGGAAAUUUCGCGAUUUCAGCCCAAUUAUCGACUAUAGAAAUUAAUAUCGUUCUAGAAAAAAAAAAGAAUUUAUGUAAUUUUGACGAAAAACAGCUUUCAAUGUUUUGAAAUCCUCCAUUUUGUAAAGAUCCUACGUUUAUUUCAUUUUUUUUUCCAAAUCUUUGGUUUUUGUCGACUGAUAUUCUUCACUUCCAGUCGAAAGGAAAGCGCUGGAACAAGCUGGCGACGGAGCUGGAGGAGCUCAACGUGGCGGAGACGUCGACGAGCAGCCUGACGAACGGAUCUCUGAGCUCCGUCGAGCAGACGCAGCUCGUCGACGCCCUUCGGACCCACGUCGAAGAUCCCGAAACUGAAAAAGAAGCCUCCCGACGUCUUCUUUCUGCGAUCGUCUUCAGUCAUCUCCUCACUUUUAGGUUGCUUUUCUAGAAUCUGUACUUACUGAACUGAAGUUAAAAGUGUGAUUAUAAUUUUUAAACCAAUCUUCCCCGAAAAAAAAUUGAAAAUUAGGUAUAAAACGCCGGACCGCAACUUCAUAUAAUGGUUUUGAUUUUUUUGAGAAAAAGUCUCUAAUAUGAGCAAUAAUAAGCAAACAUGAGAUGUUAGAUUUUUUUAAAAAAAUUGAAUAAAAUUUAUUUGCACCUUAUUACAAACUUUGGUUGAGUUUCGUUAAAUUUUUCGUCGAGAUAUAGAUUUUUCGAAGGGUUCUACCGUAAUCCUUUGAGCCACCGUAUCUCGAAAACGGCUCGAGUGAUGAUAUUCCGUCCAAAAAAAUCUUGAAAAUCGUGUUCUACAACAUAUUUGAUUUGGAGAAAAUUUCACCCUAACGCUCAUUUUCUUUUUUCCAACUCAGCUUUUUUCCAAAUAAGCUCAUUUUCCUGUUGUAGAAAAUGAAAAUCAAAAAAAUUAGAACGGAUUUUGAGUUUGUGGGAGAAAAAGCCAGAAAAUCGAGCCCAGAGUGAGUUUUUCAUUCUUAGGAACGCCAGAAUGGUCACUAGAGGGGCAGCCCUAAGAGCUCUUAUAGGUUCUCCUCAAGGGACUACUUUUCCUCCUUCUAUAAGGGUUGCUCAAUAUCGCAAUAGUGGCAACUUUAAGGGAAUAUUCUAGUGGCCGCUGGAUGUCUUGUCACUUCGAAGUCAGAACAAGAAACUGAGAAGAAAAUUAUAGGGACUACUUAAGCGUCAAAGGUCAGACCCUCAAUUCCUACCAAACUUUGAGUUUUUUUUUCUACAGUAAGUCUGAAAUUGGGCGGGGUUUAAUAAAACCCGGUUCCAAAUAUUCAUGAGGUUCUUCACUUUCUAUGACAGCAAGAAGAGCUUCCAGGAACAAAGAUGAAAUUUUCGUACCAACGGUUAUUCGAAAAUCUUGGAGAACGUGUGCUAAGCCCUUUAGGGAACACUAUCUUGUCCAGGCGCUUUUUUUUUACCACUCUAGUGACCGCUCUGGCGAUCCUAUGUUGUUUCUUCAAUUAAGUUUUGAGCUUUCUGAUUCGGUUUCACGGUGAAAAAAGCCUAGAAUAUUUUUUUUUCCGAAUCUUGGCUUUUUGCGGGAUUUCCAGGAUGAAUUGAAAUUAUUUUACUAUGGAAUUUUUGAAUUACAGAAGCCAAGACGCGAUCUUGCGUUUGUGUCUGGCCAACGGUUUCAGCGACGUCGUCGAAUUAUUACUCUCAACUUCGAAAGAAGCCGUUUCGGAACACGUCUUGGCGGGAUACUUGAAAUUGGCGGCAAGGUUUUGUUUUUGAAAACUUUUCUUAGGAUCCAUGAGUUCAUUCGAUUAUUGCUUCACUUGAUUUCCAACUUACUUGUACUUAGGAACGUCAGAGUAGUCUCUACAGGGUCUCUUGUAGUACACCCUCAAGGAGCAUCUUACCUUCCCUGUAGGGGUUACAUAAGUUUGCAAAAGCGGCGGCUUUAGUGUUUAGUUUGUCAAAAAGAGCUUGCUAGUAAAUCCUAUGCGGCUUUUUAAUUUUCAAAUCUGAAAAAAAGACCCCUAUAGGGACCACUUAACUUUUAGGUUCUUAGAGGUCAAGACCUUGAUCCCUAAAGGGACCACUCAAGUUUCACUUCAUUAGGGAGAAUUUUUUGUCCACUAUAGGGACUGCUUCUCCGCAAUUCCGUUAGGGACCACUGUGACGUUCUUAAUAAAUGAAUUAGCGUCUUUUGAUAGAAAAAAUAUUUUUCUCAAAGUUCAUUGCCUCGCGAAAAAGUUCGUUUUUUUCGAAAAUGAUUCUAGAAAAAAUAAAAAUAAAGGGUCUAGGAUUGAGCAUUUGCUUAAAAAUAACGAGAUAGCCUCCACAAAAAAUCUGUAGCAAGAUAGAUUUCUUGAUUUCCCCUUAUUAUAAUUCAUCUUCUGCAGCUCAACCGAUGAAAAUCGAGCUAAUGAGAUUAUUUACUCGGUCCUGUCGCGAAAUUACUCAAGGCCGACCUUCGUGGAAGCCCUGUCGGAACAACUGAAUCCAGAAGAAAGCGUCGGGAUCAUGACCCGAUUGGUCGAGAUUUACAAGGAAUUCGAGCCGAAGAAUGCCAAGGAUCACCAAGUUUCCACGGAUUUCUCGAAAAAGGUUAGUUUUGAAGGGCUGGAAAUAGAACAGAAAUGAAAUAAAUGGAAUGGUCUAAAUGAACCUUUUAAAGACUUGAAAAAGCUCCUAAAAUGGGUGCAGGAAAGUUCCCUCCAACCCUCCCUUUUCAAGGAAAAAAACCCUCUUUUUGGCUUUUAUUCCAGAGUUUUUUAGGACUUGAAGAUUUUCUUUUUUUCAACGCUUUUUUUUCUCCUGAAAAUGAAUUUUUUGAUGGAAAGUCAAGAAAAGGCGUUAGAAACUACUUUUCAAGGCCUUUUCUCCUUUUUAGGUGCUUUUAGAUUUUACCUUUCAAUGCCUCUGUCCUUUUUCUCCAUUCUAUUUUUCUCGUUUUUCCUGUCUCUAACUGGAAAUUUCAUAGUUCAUCCUACUGUUUUGUUAUUUUGAGAAUAUUUGAGUUCAAAUAGCCAUCAUUAGCGGCUCAAAUAAAAGUCAGGUAAAAUUUUUAAGCGAAACUUAGUUCAACUAUUUUUUUUUUCAUUUGCUCUGUCUCUGUAUUUUUUCUUUUUUUUUUCUGACUGAAGUCCUCAUCUCAUUUUUGCGAUUUCAAGGCUCUCCAAUUGUUGGCGAUUCUUUUGGAUUCUCACGGCGCUCGUUUCGUUUGGGAAGAUGCUGUACACGAAAAAGCUGGCUCAAAUCUCAAUUUUUUUGUCAGAAGCAUGGUGUGUUUUUGAAGUUUUUCUCAACGAAAAGUUUUUCAUGGUAAUUAAUUUAAAAAUUAACAAAAAAAGGUCAAAUGAAAAAAAUGGUUGCUUUUUUUAAAAAAAAUAUGAGAAAUUUUUCCAGGAAAGUUCAUUUCGAAGAUACUUUGAAUAAAAAGAUAGUGGAAAAUUUUAGAAUUGAAAAUUAGUUGAAAACUUGGAAACGCUAGAAUGGUCUCUAUAGGGGCACUUAUAAAAGUCCUUCUAGGGACUACUUCUUAUAUGCGCCACCAAACCUUGCGAAAGUCACUCUAUAGGGACUAAAGCUCUAGGGGCUUAGGGGUCAGACCCUAGAGGGACCACCUAAAAUUUACUCCCGGAGGAGGCUUUUUUGUCCUCUAGAGGCUAUGCCCUUCUACCCCUAUAGGGACCACUUUGGCAUUCCUAGAAAAGCAAAAACUGUAGUAUUUGAGCACUAUUUGGUUCAAAUUUUUCAGAAUUUUUCAUAGUUUUUUUUUGAUUUUUUUUCUUUUUCAGAGCAGCCUCGUGGAUGCAUUCAAUAAGUUCGACGCCUUCGGGAAAAUUCAACCUCCCGAAGAUCGUCAAAAAGUCCGUCGGGUGGUCCUCGUCGAACACAAACUUGCUUGGUGA